AUGAAAGGGCCUGGAACAAAAGAGGAUGUCAUCAUUGAAGUUGUUACACGAAACUCAAACAGUCAGAGGCAGACAGUCAAGAAAAGAUUCACUGAAAUUUAUAAUCAGGAUUUAGUUGAGCGCAUCAAGUCAGAGCUAACUGGAGAUUUUAAAGACACCAUUUUGGCUCUGUUGAUGCCUCCAGUGGAGUUGGAUGUGGACACACUGUAUAAGUCUAUGAAAGGUCUUGGGGCUGAUGAGCCAACACUGAUUGGAGUAAUAUGCUCCAAAACAGGGGCUGACCUUGAUGAAGUUAAACAGGAGUACAAAAAAGAGUACAAGUCAGAUCUGGAAUCUGAUGUCAGAAAGGAAACAAAAGGAGACUUGAGGGAUUUGCUGGUGCAGCUUUUGGCGGGAAAUAAAGACAAGGACCCAAAAGUGGACCAAGUCAAAGCUGAGAAAGAUGCUACUACACUUUAUGGGCAACCAAAACCAUCUGUAGUGAAAGAAAUCUUCCUGAAAAAUAGUUUACCACAGAUAAAAGCCAUUUCUGAUGCUCAUAAAAAGAUCUUCCACAAAGAUAUAUCCGUAUCUAUUAAAAGAGCCAGCUGUGGAGAUGCAGAAGAGGCUUACCUUGCUUGUGCCCUCAGACAGCAGAACAAAACUAAAUAUUUUGCUGACAGACUUAGAAGUUCUCUGAAAAGAGCAGGAGUUAAUAACAGACAACUGAUUUGGGCACUUGUUUCUAGGUCAGAGAAAGACCUUCCUGCUAUCAAGGGCAAAUAUCGACAGUUGUAUGGCAGUCCUCUGAGAGAAGAUGUAAAAACAGAAACAACUGGAGACUACGAGAAAACACUGCUGACAAUCAUCGAUAAAGUAGGUGAAGAGAAACCCACUGAUGAAGAAGAUCCAAGUCUCACAACAGAUGAUGAAAUCAAUGAGUACGAUGAAGAUGCAGUUAAGCUACACAAGGCAAUGGCAGGAGCUGGAGCAAAGGAGGAUGUUAUCACUGAAGUUAUUACCAGAAAUUCCAACCCAGAAAGACAAAAAGUUAAGAAGAGAUACCAGGAAAUAUACAAUAAGGAUUUAGUGAAAGAUCUUGAUGCUGAGCUUAGUGGUAUUUACCAGGACCUCAUGUUGGCUCUAUUGAUGCCACCAUUGGAAUAUGAUGCCUUCUGCUUGAAUAAAGCCAUGAAAGGUACUGGGACUGAUGAGACAACUCUCAUUUCUCUGAUUUGCUCAAAAUCUGCAGCAGACUUGGAUGACAUCAAAAAUGAGUACAAGAAAU